UCUAUGUUGAAAGGUGAAUCCACUCUGUUUAGAAGUACUCGUGACGAGAUGAUCUGGUCACUUCGCGGCAAUGUUCCAAUCGCUCCAAAUGAUAUAGAACGAAGUGUAGACGCAGACAUCAAGAACAAGAUCAAGACAUUUACAUUUGGUCCAGCAUUUAAUUCACCGAUCGGUGAAUGUUGUCUUCCCGACACGAUCACAACAUUGAUACUUGGCUUUGAUUUCAAUCAAGACAUCAUUGUCGACACAUUGCCUCCAUCGCUCACAUCACUAUACAUUGACACAUAUUACAACAACUUGAUUGAGAGUGGCGCGCUGCCCAGGUCGCUCCUCAAGCUCAUCUUUUACAACAACUUUAUAUAUUCAAGUCGCCGACGCCAAGCCCCUAACAAGUGUCGCAUCCCCAAGCUACCACGCUCACUCACACAUCUCGAGUUUGGAAGCUGCUUCAACUGUCCUAUCAACGCGCCUGGCUAUCUCCCCGAAUCACUGACCAUCCUACAACUUGGCGAAUCGUUCAACCAAUACACGUUCAACUCACUGUCCACUCUGCCACAAACAGUCAAACGGCUGAGCUUGGGCUUGGGCGGCAAUUUAGUUCCUCAACUCACACCAGGUGUGCUACCUACCAUGCUUGAAUCACUGAGCGUCUACCAAUGCGACAGUCCUAUCAUGCCUGGAGUGCUGCCCCCGUCACUCACACUCGCCGUGUUCUUUGAUUACAACCAACCUUUACAGCAUGGUUCACUCCCCGACUCACUCACCGAACUCCUCUUCAUUCUAAACUUCAAUCAGGAACUACUCCCAGGUGUGCUCCCAACAUCAUUGUUGUUACUCAAUCUUGGAGCAAGGUUUGCCAAACCAUUACAUCGUGGUGUACUGCCGCCCAACCUCAAGACGCUGAUCAUCGAGGAGGACUACCUAUUCAAACAACGCAUAGAUGUAGGGGUGUUGCCACAGACACUCAAGUUGUUAAAGCUUGGCGAUGGAAACUUGAUGUUGGGAGAGAGAGUCGGACCCCACUCUGCAGGAAAUGUAGUAUACUUGGACAAAGUGAUCGCUCCCAUGUCACUCCCAUCUGGGAUCACUGGGCUCACACUUGGAGGUGGCUUCAACAAUGUGCUCACAUCAAAUGAUCAUUUACCAGAUACCCUCACCGAGUUGACUUUGGGUCGACACUUUAACUAUCCAAUCAAAACAGUGCUGCCACAAUCAAUCACCAAGAUCAAGUUUGGAGACAUGUUCAAUCAAACAAUUUCCCCAAAUACCCUACCAUCCUCGCUCAUAUCUGUCAACUUUGGCCACAACUUCAAUCUGGUCAUCACACUCCCAGACACAUUGAGGGAGUUAACAAUUGGAGGGUGUUACGACAAGCCACUCAACUUGCCUCCCAACCUUAGGACAUUGCGUAUGUACCAGCUACAACAGAUCAAGUAUGUUGCAUCAAGUGUCUCCACGCCAGAUGUCAUCGCCAUCAAUCCAAUUUAUGGGGAUCAGCUCCAAACUUAUUAUCAAUUUGAUUAUAAUGUGAUACAAGUCGCGUCUAUACUACCAUUCAAUUCAUUGAGCUUAGAGAUCAAGCCAUCAGUAUCAGACGAUAUACCAUAUAGAUGUGAAACAUUACUCAGUACGCUAAAGCGAAUAGCCAGGUUCACACCAAACAUUGCUGGAUACGAGUUGAAAUGUGGCAUUGCCCAAUCUAGCAUCCGAAGGCUCAAUCACAACCUCCUACUUUGUAUU